AUGGCCGAUACCAACACCCUCCUUUCAAGCCUGUCAAACGAGUGCCACCAAUUCCUUCAACCCUCCUCCAAUUUACACCACCAAACUCUGUCGACUGUCAAAACACUCCUCGAUCCCCUAGCCGUCAAAGUUGCUGAUGCGCAGAAAGCGAGAAGGGACGAAAAUCGGAGGAAAAGGAAACGAGGAGAUAAUGGUGUCGAACCAGUUCCAUUGCAGUUGCGCCAAAUCUACACCGAUGGCUUGGCCAUUAGACAAAUCUGGGAACAGGCCAGAAGGAUCCUAGAUGCUGCCGCAGACGAGGUCGAGAGGGCUGUCGCUUUUCAUGCUGCAAACAGUGGCGCUGCCGUGGUAACAGAGGCCAAGUCAAUCAGCGUGGACGAGGCUGAGCCUUCCGAGAUUCAUGAUGACAUAACAGAUGCUGAGUCUGUUGAUGAAGAAGGCAUGGAAGAAUCCGAGGGUGAAGACGACUUUGAGGAAGGGGAGCAACUCGAGGAUGACGAGGACGAAGAGGAACACAUCAACGACAGCGCGGAUGAAGACAGGCCCCGAAAAGACAAGAAAAUCCGCGGGGGAACAUACGUUCGAGAUCCACACAAUCUCAACGAUGGCUUUUUCUCCAUUGAUGACUUCAACAAGCAAACCCAGUUUCUUGAACAACAAGACGCACGAGGCGAUGACGACAAUCCGAGUGACGAAGAUGAAGUCGACUGGGAUGCUGAUCCAAUGGCAAUGGCUGUCCCAAAGUCGAGCCCUGGUGGAGACGAACAAUCUGAUGAGAAUGACGGUCCAACUUUCGGCGAUACCGACUUGAAUGCAAGUGACAGCGAUAAAGACCAACUCGAUCUAGACGACGAUCUCGACCAAGGAUUUCCUGGGAUAGACAAUACGAACGAAAUUCGAUAUGCCGACUUCUUCGCUCCUCCACCAAAAAAGCCAUCUCGAUCCAAACGGAUGCGAGCUCUACCCAAAACUCAACCCAAAUCACAAGUCACUGAUCAGAACAAUUCAGACGCCGAAAAUGACAUGUCACGUGCCAUGGCUGAUGUCCGUCGAGAUCUGCUUGAGUCCGACGAAGAAGGUUCGGAUGAAGACCUGUCUGGUUCGGAUGUGGAAAGACCCUCUUAUAAAAAUUUGUCAACCCAUGAGAAACAGCAACUCAAGAUUGCUGCUGAGAUUCGGCGUCUUGAGGCUGCUAAUGUUGCGAAGAAAGAUUGGACUAUUUCUGGUGAAGCCCGUGGUGCAGACCGUCCGAUGAAUUCUCUUCUGGAAGAAGAUUUCGAAUUUGAACGUGUAGGAAAACCAGUCCCCAUCGACACUGUCGAAAUCACCGAAGAGAUUGAACAGUUGAUCAAACGUCGAAUCCUUGCUAGAGAAUUCGAUGAAGUCGUCCGCCGACACCCGGAUGCAAUUGGCGAUGCUAGCACAGCACGCCGUGGACGAGUGGAGUUGGAUGAUACUAAGCCUACAGCAGGAUUGGGUGAGAUCUACGAACAAGAGCAUCUGAAGUCCACGGACCCAGGCUACGUAGACAAAAGAUCUGCAGCAACGAAAAAGGCACAAGAAGAAAUCAGCCGGUUAUGGAAAGAAGUGUCGUCUCAACUUGAUCUCCUGAGCAACUUGAACUUCAAGCCCCGACGUGCCCAGGCCGAGAUCAAGACUGUCGAAGACAAACCGACCAUCUCCAUGGAAGACGCUCGACCCGUCGGAGCAGGAGGAGAAGACAGUAUGCUGGCACCACAAGAAAUCUAUCGACCUGGUGAAGACAAAAAGAGCAAAAAGGGACCGGACGGCGAGAGCAUCAUCGUUCGAAAGGGAGGUUCCAGCGCUGCAAAAGAAGAGAUGACCCGUGAAGAGAAAAUCCGCAGGCGCAGACGAGAAAAGGAACGCAUCAAGAAAGCCAAUCAAAUGCAGGGCAACGAUGCCAGUAAGAGUACAGGAGACGCGUCCAAGAAUAUCAAAUCCGGGAAGAAAUCAAAAGCUGGCGAGAAGGAAGAUAUCCUCACGCAGUUGCGCAAAGGCAACGUCAAAGUCAUUGGCAAGAAGGGAGAGUUGCAGGAAAUGGAGGGCAGGAAGCGGAAGAAGGGUGCAAAUGGAAGAGACACCGAUGUUGCUAUCAAUGGCGGUGCUGGAAACCUGAUGCUAUAA